CGACUGCCCAUCCGGCGUUACAACGCCUGUCACAGAAAGAGUCAUCGAGUUGAUUCACCGCGGUUCCGCGGCCUCAGGCUACAACACUCGCUUGCCCACCGCCCUUGAUCAACUUUCAGCCAAUCAGAAUGUGAGCCGCCGUGGGUAGGGCACACACCAGUCAUUUUCUGUAUCCAAGCCAUUUGAGGCCUAUCGAACUUCUCUUUUUCCUUCCCUUCCAUAUUCCAUCCCACUACCCCAGCAAGUCGACAAAAUGGCUCCCAAGAAGACCGCCGGUGCUGCCAAGGAGAACGUCUCUCUCGGUCCUUUGGCCGGAGAUGGCAAGCUCGUUUUCGGUGUUGCCCGUAUCUUUGCCUCCUUCAACGACACCUUCGUCCACGUCACCGAUCUGAGUGGUCGCGAAACCAUCUGCCGUGUCACCGGUGGUAUGAAGGUCAAGGCUGACCGUGACGAGUCUUCCCCCUACGCUGCCAUGUUGGCUGCUCAGGAUGUUGCUGCUCGCUGCAAGGAGCUUGGCAUCAACGCCCUCCACAUCAAGAUCCGUGCCACUGGUGGUAACGGCACCAAGACCCCCGGUCCCGGUGCUCAGUCCGCCCUCCGUGCUCUUGCCCGUUCCGGCAUGAGAAUCGGCCGUAUCGAGGACGUCACCCCCACUCCCUCCGACUCUACUCGUCGCAAGGGUGGUCGCCGUGGUCGUCGUUUGUAAGCAUGUGCGGGUUCAUCUCUUCCAAGUUGUGCGGAGCUUCUCCGCAUGGUUGGAUCGGAGCGGACUUGGCCUUGCUUGCCGUAUGUGGAUGGAAUAAACGCGAAGAACGGCCUUUAUCGCCUGGUCUUCAAUUUAUUACAUACCCAAAAGUGUGUCUUUCGGUUCUGGAUUUAGGUAGUCUGCUGUCUGUGUGGCGGUUGCUAUAGUCAAUAUAACUGAACCUAGAACUGAUGUGGUCCUUGACUGUAACUUCUACGUGUAGAGAAUCACAGUACAUAGAACAUGCAUAUAGAAUCCUGCAACUUGACUGGCUAUUUCUUGCACCUCGAUAUUUCUUGCGCUUGGUGAAUGUAAGUCUUCAGGUCUGGCAGGCAUUGGGUUUUGAUCUUCCGUAGCCGGGCUCCUU